CCAGCCAGGAAGUGUACCAUGCGCGCACUCAUUUCAGGUCUGGCUGGGCAGCGGUAUAUGUUGUUCCAAACAAAGUAACACUAGGACUCAUGCCGCAGAGGUCGAAUGACACCAAAUUAACACUAGACUGAGCAGUUUUUCAAUCGUUAUCUUUUGUUUGAACUCGCAACAUAGCUACUUUAAAGUUACAAGAAAUGGGUCCUGGAUAAAUGAACGAAUAUUCCAGAAACACCGUGGACUACGGGGUUUCGAGCGCGGACAGGAGCGCAGCGGCCCGCGGCCGGGAAGGAGUUUAGCUGCUUCUGUGUCAAGAACGGAAACCACUUCUUGCCAAGCUGAAGCUCGUCCCCAUCCCUUAUCAGCUUUCCUGAUUCCGUUCUGGGAGAGUACAGACCAGUAUCAUCGCCAAGAUAGCCGGGCCAGGCAGGAAGAGACACAACUCAGAUCCAGACCCCGGCAGCGGUAGUGAUUCUGGCGACGGGCGGCCUGUUAGUGCCAAGUGCCUGAAGAUGGCCAGCAGCGGUAGUGGUGUGGCUGGUAGUGAGACAGUGGGCCGUCGUAGUGGGGCUCCGCAGAGAGGAGGCAGCGGCAGGGAGAACAGCUCAGACCUGACCUCGAGUAGCAGUAAGAAGAAGCAGAAGGACAGGGCCAAUCAGGAGAGCAGAGAGGCCAAGAGGGCAGCUGCGGCCGUAGAUGGGGUUAUUGCAGAGGUCAAGAAAGAUGUGUUUGUGGACUGGAAGCAGAAUGUCAACGAAGUGACUGUCAGACUGCGCUGUGGGGAGGGGGUACAGAGGACAGAGGAUAUCAACACGACCUUCACUGAUACACACUGCCAUGUGUGCUUCCCAGAUGGGCGGCAGUGGGACUGCCAGUUGCAGGAGGAAAUUGAGGCCUCAUGUAGCAGAGUCCAGUACAAAGAGAAGGGAGGUUUCCUGCACGUCAUAAUGCAAAAGAAGAUUCCCUUUCACAACUGGCCUUCACUUAAGUCAAACAAGAAGGAGAAGGAGGCCGUGCCCACAGAGACCAAAAACGACAAGGAGCUAGAGAUGAAGCCUGUUGCCUUGGAUUCAUCAGAGAAACCCAAACUGUCCUCCUCGCAGCCACAACUCCAGCCCCAGCCUCCCUCCUCACCUGCACAUAGUGAGUCAAGACGCAGCGGCAGCAAAGCUGAGCGGGGCGUCAAGCGCUGCCUGAAAAACAAAGCAGCCACUACGGACUGUGCAGGGGUGAAAGAAGCUGGAGAUGGCCCAGCAACCACCAUGAAGCCUGUUACAGUCACGAGAGGCCAGCAACAGCCUCAGGAACCCAGUGCCAAGCGCACCAUUGUACGGCCGCCGAAGACCACCAAGGAGGCCGCGUCCCCGGCUGACAGCGACACGCACUCUGUCAAAUCUACAGUAGCUAGUGGUAAAGCUGCACACACACACCUGCCCGCUGGUCGGAGCCCGCAGACCCAACGUAGAGAUGGAGACAACAGAGCAGAGAGACUAGGUAGUGGCCAGGAACAGAAACCAGGAGUUGGUUUCGCUGCUGCCAGCCAUACCAGCAAAACUCGGUUGGCAGAGAAGCGAAGCCAGUCGUCGGACAUGUCUGGAGCUACAGCAUAUGGCAGCGACAGCCAACCAGCAGCUCCCGUCAGCACCAGCGACCGCCUCAAACCUGUUGUCUUCAACCGUGCAGAGGACUCUCCAGAAACAUGUGGAGAUAGAACUGACUCUAAGCCAGAGAAAAAACCUGUUGAGCAGGAAUCAGAGCAGGAUACUCUGAUAUGCCAGCAGCUUGGAUCGAGAGAAGCAGGUUCAGUACCAGCUGUUGAGGUGGCUGCCAAACGAAGUCAGUCGCCCGGUCUGGCCUCGAGGCUGGGCAGCCUUGACGGAGAGGAAAAGCGGGACCAGUCGAAGGAGGAGCCUCCUCUAGAAUUAAAGGAACAGGAAGCCCCGGAGCCGAUGGUUAACCUGCAGUUUGUGAAGAAUGACUCGUACGAGAAGGGCACGGACCUGAUGGUGGUUAAUGUUUACUUGAAGGGGAUCUGCAGGGACACGGCUAGAGUCAUCUUCAGGGAACAAGACUUCACCCUCAUCUUCCAGACAAGCGACAGUAACUUUCUGCGUCUUCAUUCAGACUGUGGACCAAACACAGUCUUCAAGUGGCAAGUCAAACUCAGGAACCUGAUCCAGCCUGAGCAGUGCAGCUACUCGUUCACCCCGUCCAGACUGGACAUCACCUUGAAGAAGAGGCACAGCCAGCGCUGGGGCGGUCUGGAGGCCCCUGCCACACAAGGUGCAGUGGGUGGUGCCAAAGUGGCCGUGCCCUCCAGCCCUGCCUGCAUGGAGAAGAGCCAGCCGGGCAGCAGCCAACACAGCCUGCCAGCCAAGCAGGAGCCUCCGAGGGUCGGGGAGGAGAAACCCAACGCUCCUAAGGCCUCGUCUAGAGUGGAGGAUAGCGGUCUGGAUACUGUUACACCUCGCACCGUCUCAGAGCAUGUUGCCAUCUCCAAGACUGAGUCCACUGUUACCACGCCUAAACCUACCUGCAUGGUGCAGCCCAUGACUCACGCGCCUCCUGCCAGCAAUGAGCGCCAUGAAGAGGAGGAGGAGAAGAAGGUGUGCCUUCCUGGUUUUACAGGAUUGGUUAACCUUGGCAACACCUGCUUCAUGAACAGCGUCAUCCAGUCCCUGUCCAACACCAGAGAACUCAGGGAUUACUUUCAUGAUCGAGCAUUUGAGGCAGAAAUCAACUGUAACAAUCCUCUGGGAACAGGAGGCAGACUAGCCAUUGGCUUUGCGGUGCUGCUCAGGGCACUGUGGAAAGGAACACAUCAUGCCUUCCAGCCCUCAAAACUCAAGGCUAUUGUGGCCAGUAAAGCCAGUCAGUUUACAGGUUACGCCCAGCACGAUGCCCAGGAGUUCAUGGCUUUCUUGCUGGAUGGGCUUCACGAGGACUUGAACCGCAUCCAGAAUAAACCUUACACCGAGACAGUCGACUCUGACGGACGGCUGGAUGAGGUGGUGGCGGAGGAGGCCUGGCAGAGGCACAAGAUGAGGAAUGACUCCUUUAUAGUAGACCUCUUCCAAGGCCAGUUCAAAUCCAAACUUGUGUGCCCCACAUGCUCCAAGGUGUCCAUCACCUUUGACCCUUUCCUCUACCUCCCUGUGCCCUUACCCCAGAAACAAAAGGUGCUCUCAGUUUUCUACUUUGCUAAAGAACCUCAUAAAAAGCCCAUCAAGUUUUUGGUGAGUGUGAGCAAGGAGAACUCUAGCACUGCUGAAGUCCUCGAAUCCAUCUCAAGGAGUGUCAGGGUCAAACCGGAGAACCUCAGGCUGGCAGAGGUGGGGAAGAACCGCUUCCAGCGCAUGCUCCUGCCAUCCCAUUCCCUGGACACGGUGUCCUCCUCUGACAUGCUGUUCUGUUUUGAGGUGCUUUCCAAAGACAUGGCCAAAGAGAGAGUGAUAUUGCUCAGAGUUCAGCAGAGGCUGCAGAUCCCUAAUAUCCCUAUCUCAAAGUGUGCUGCCUGCCUGAAGCCUCCAGUGUCUGACGAAGAUAAGCUGAAGCGGUGCACUCGCUGCUAUCGUGUGGGCUACUGCAAUCAAGUGUGUCAGAGGAACCACUGGCCCAAUCACAAGGGUCUGUGUCGACCCAACACGGAGAACGUGGGCCUGCCCUUCCUGCUCAGCGUGCCGGAGUCUCGACUGUCCUACGCCCGCCUCACUCAGCUGCUAGAGGGUUACUCCAGGUUUUCUGUCAACGUGUUCCAGCCUCCUUUCCAGUCAGGCAGGACAUCUCCCGAAACGUCACAAUGCCGGGGUGACCUCCCCCCAGUGCCAGCAGGCUCUCCUGAGGGACUUGGUUCCAGGGAUGAGGCCAUGGGUGGCAGCAGUACUGUAGGAGCAGCUGAUCCGGAGCUGGAGAGCCAAUCUCUGCUGCCUGAAUCCCAGGCAGAGUGUGCUCAGGCCGCAGCCCUCCACUUUGGGGAGUCUGAUUCCCUUUCCUCCCAGACUUCGCUCCCCACCACGCGGACCACAGACUCGGGAUUCUCUGAGCCAAUCUCCUCCACCUCCUGCUGCUCCCUGGACCCUCAUGCUGAAAAAGAGACAUCCUGUGAGAAGGCGGUGCGUCCAGAAGCGGCAGUAACAGGCUAUCAGCAUCCAAGUGAGUCAGCAUCUGGUCAUGCCAGUCAGUUCUACAUAGCUGUGCGGGACUCUAACAACAAGGAGCAGAGGCUGGAUGAGAAAGAGGACGCGUUGGCCGACCUUCCUGAGGACGCGACCCUGGAGCUGGUAUGGAAAAACAACGAGCGUCUGAAGGAGUACGUCCUGGUGAGCUCCAAGGAGCUGGAGUAUGAGGAGGACCCCGGCUCCCUGAGUGAGACGGCCAGAGCCGGACACUUCACCCUGGAACAGUGCCUGAACCUCUUCACUAAGCCAGAGGUGCUGGCUCCAGAGGAGGCAUGGUACUGUCCAAAGUGCCAGCAGCACCGAGAGGCCUCCAAGCAGCUCCUGCUGUGGCGUCUGCCCAACGUAUUGAUCAUCCAGCUCAAACGCUUCUCCUUCAGGAGUUUCAUCUGGAGAGAUAAAAUCAACGACAUGGUUGACUUCCCCGUCAGGAAUCUGGAUCUGAGUAAGUUCUGUAUUGGUCAGAAGGAUGAGAUGCAACAACCCCCCAUCUAUGACCUGUAUGCAGUCAUCAACCACUAUGGAGGAAUGAUAGGAGGCCACUACACGGCCUACGCUCGCCUGCCAAGUGACAAGAACAGCCAGCGCAGUGAUGUUGGCUGGCGUCUGUUUGAUGACAGCACCGUAACAAUGGUGGAGGAGAGCCAGGUGGUGACACGCUAUGCCUACGUCCUGUUCUACAGACGACGAAACUCCCCCGUUGAGAGGCCGCCACGCUUCCUCAGGCCUGUCGAAGCCGAGUCCGCCGCCGCUGCAGGAGCCACUGCCAGCCAGGCCUCUCUAAUAUGGCGGGAACUGGAGGAAGAGGAGGAGGAGGGGCUCGACGAAGGGCCCCCCGGACUGUUCCGAUCUGCGCUGCGGAGGGGGCAAACGCAGAGGAACAGAGAUGAGGAAGACGAAGACAGAACCGAAGGGUUAAUGCGACAGCACGGCAGGGGGAGGAGGAUGUCGGACUAUCCCGAUGACGACUGCGGCCGUUAUUUUGUCCUGGGCACCCUGGCAGCCGUGUUUGCUCUGAUUGUCAACUUGGUCUACCCUCUUCUCUACAAGCUGGACCUCAGCAGCGGCUAGUUUGGCAAUUGCUUUGGCUGCGACACUCAGAAAUAUGAAAAUAUGUCCAAAGGAGGACAGCUUAAAUAGGAAAUUUUUUAAGGAAAGAGGCAUUGAGUAAGAGCUGAGUAUGUCAUCAGUCUCCAUCUAUUAGAAUGGUUCUCCGUCCUAUCCAACUCCCAAAGCUUAUGUGUAACUUUACAUGGCUCAACCCUUUAAAAUACUUGGGCACACCGUCACACAUUGACAAGACUCUGGGGCUCUAGAGGUAAAAGAAAAAUAUCCUAAGAAAAGCUUUGUUUAAAGCUCCAAGCAAGCGAUACUAGCAGCACACAGCACCGCCAUAUUGAGUUUAAACUAUUCACUACAUUGCCCACAUGAGCUGUAUUGACUUUUUUUUUUCUUUAGUCUCACGUUUUUGAAAAUGGUUCUGAGCUCUGACAGCCUUAAUCACCGUCACUGCUGUUUCAUCCUGGCGUUAAUGUAUAGCUGAGCAUAGCUGGGAAGCAAAAGAAAGGAAAAAAUAACUCACAAGGACCAGGAACAUCGUAAGAGGUUUUAAAAGCUCUGUGAAAAGCUGGUGAGCAUCUACAUCAAAGGGACUGUAUUUGUUGUAAGGUGAGAGUUUUGAUAAAAAGAAUGUCGUAGUCAGCUUUUGUUGCACUACACUCUUAGGAGAAUAAGCUUGCAAGUUGCUGCGAACAGAUGAAUGGAACAUUUGUGACCACCUGUUACCUUCUUUUAAUGUCUAAUUGACUUUUGCAGUUUGUGUCCAGCCACCCUUGUUUUGUUUUUAUUUAAAUGGCCUCUUUUAACCUUUUUUUUAGUUUUGUCAUUUUUACUUUUCCAUAAUAUUUGUGUUUUUGGUUUUUAUUGAAAUGCCUGUUAAAGUCAGUUGCUUUCACUGUAACAUUUUAAAGCCAUAGCCAGGUGACGGUUUAAAAUUCUCAGGAUGAAGUGUAGUGUAAGUAAGAUAAGAAAUGAAAUGACCAUGCAGUCUUACCACAGUCAAGCUCAGCUAUGAGUUUGCCAUAAUGAAGAAACUGCUGUCCACCUCUGAAUGUAACGUGUUUCAACAUGUUGGACUGUUUUGGGUAGAAUGCUCUAGAGUAAAUGAGUAUGGACAGGUUUGUUCCCCCCUUAAUUUAACUCUAUUCAAAGUCUUUUAACACUUUGUGAGACUGUCGACAGAUUGUUUCUCUACUGCUGCUGUGAUUGUGAGUGUGUACACGGGACUCAGGGAAAUCCCAGAGCUCUUCACUUACUGAGGCAGUGUACAGUGACCCGCUGUGUGUUUGCCUUAUGCACCGUCAAACUGUGUAUACUUGACCCAGAUAUAUGCAACACAGAAGUCCAUCUAGUUUUGAAAUCCUCUGUAAGGUACAGCUAGUGCUUAACAUACACCAAUGUGGGAAGAGAGGGUGUUGGGUGUCGAUUCAAAUGAACCUGACUGAAGGAUGUAACUGUGUGUGUGUGUUAACUGAAAAGAAUGACCUUGUAUUUUGUAAUGAAAUGAUCUAAAUAAUGGGAAUAUACUUUGAAUCACUGAGUUGUUAAAAUUUUACAAGUACUGUAUUUUAAAGGAAAUCAUACCAUUUUAAUUUACCUGCAAUAAUGUAUUGUUAUAUCCUCAUGUAAUGCUGCUUUCUAAUAUAAAAAAUGUUAUACUCCUUUAUGGAAAUAAAGUCUCCAUCUGUUUA